AUGGGAGAGGUGCUUGCUGAGGCACCAGGCGAGUACCUCAACGUUGACAGACCUACCAAUGCUGGAAUGAGGGAAUACGAGUUGAAUGCCACUGGCAUGAACGAGGACGACUGGGCUGAGGCUGGGCUGAGGCCGAAGAAGGUUUGGCCUCAAGCCGUCCCAUUCCAAGAAUUCGGCUUGAGCGAUCUCGACAUGCAUCGGGCGUGCCGCGAAACAGAAGCACGAGACCGAGCAACCAUCGCCCGGCUUGAGUACAACGUCCAGAUUCUCCAAAACUACAUCCGUCUCAAGGAAGAAGAGCACGAGCUAGAUAUUCGAGCAUCUCCAUGGUGA